UGCUCUAUAGCCUUUUCACUUAUGCCCUCCAUAAAUCAACCUACUUCUUCUUCUUCUUCUGUUUUUUUUUUUUUCAACGACGAGGAGACAUGUAUAUAUCACCUCUAGAAAUGAAACUAUAAACAAACGUACAAACAAAACAGCCUUAGUCUGGACAUGAUCAACAAGUGAAAAAUGAAUCAUGGAAGACUAGCCACAAUCAGACCAUCCAGCUUUUCAUUAUCCACUAAACAUAAUAAACCAGUUCUCUCAAAUCAUGACCAUAUUUCUCAUCCAACGGCUGACAAUAUCUCCUCUUCUUUGCAGCACUACAUUAACUCAGAUAACCCUUCCAAUGGCCAAAAGAUUCAUACCCAUGUUCUCAAAUAUGGGUUUAAUCCCAAUUUAAAUAUCUCCAUUAAACUUCUCAUAUUACACUUGAAAUGUGGUUCUUUGAAGUACGCGCGCCAGGUGUUUGAUGAAUUGCCUCACAGAACACUUUCUGCUUAUAAUUACAUUAUAAGUGGUUACCUCAAGCAAGGGCAAGUGGAGGAAUCACUUGGUUUGGUUCGCGGGCUGGUCUUUUCGGGACAAAAGCCCGACGGAUACACAUUCUCAAUGUUACUGAAAGCGUCUACUUGCGCUGGUUGUGUUCGGUUACCGCGUAGCUUAGGUAGAGUUGUGCAUGCCCAGAUAAUGAAAUCGGAUGUUACCGCAGACGACGUUCUUUAUACGGCACUCGUGGACUCUUAUGUUAAGAAUGGGAAGGUUGGUUAUGCGAGGAGAGUGUUCGAUAUGAUGUUUGAAAGAACUGUUGUGUGUUCAACGUCGAUGAUUACGGGCUAUAUGAACGAAGGCUCCUUUGAGGAUGCUGAGGAAAUAUUUAGGAAAACAGUUGUGAAAGACAUAGUGGCAUUCAAUGCAAUGAUUGAAGGUUAUAGCAAAUCGAUCGAACAUGCUUCGAAAUCACUUGAGAUGUACAUUGACAUGCAACGGAUGAAUUUCAGGCCUAAUAUUUCUACAUUUGCUAGCGUUAUUGGGGCUUGCUCAGUGUUGGCGACAUUUGAAGUUGCUCAGCAGGUCCAAGGUCAACUGAGGAAGACCCCAUUGUUUGCACACAUCAAGAUCGGAAGCGCUCUCAUAGAUAUGAACUCAAAAUGCGGCAGAAUUGAGGUCGCACGUAAAGUCUUCGAUGAAAUGCCCGAGAAGAAUGUGUUUUCAUGGACUUCCAUGAUAGAUGGUUAUGGGAAAAAUGGAUAUCCGUACGAAGCGCUAGAACUCUUUAGCAUAAUGCAAAAGGAAUACCAUAUCGAACCCAAUUUCAUCACAUUCCUUGGUGCAAUUUCUGCUUGUGGGCAUGCUGGGCUGGUUGAUAAGGGCCUGGAGAUCUUCGAAAGCAUGGAGAGGGACUACUCUCUAAAAUCGGGGAUGGAGCAUUAUGCUUGCAUUGUGGAUCUGUUGGGACGUGCAGGGCGGUUGAAUCAAGCGUGGGAGUUUGUUAAGGCAAUGCCCGAGAAGCCUAAUUCAGAUGUGUGGGCUGCUCUUCUGAGUUCAUGUAGACUUCAUGGUAACUUAGACAUGGCAAGUGUAGCUGCCAAAGAACUUUUUAAACUGAAUUCUAAAGAUAGGCCCGGGGCUUUUGUCGCACUGUCCAAUACUUUGGCGGCUGCGGGGAAAUGGGAUAGUGUGAGUGAACUUAGGGAGACAAUGAAGGUAAGAGGCGUAUCUAAAGAUACUGGACGCAGUUGGGUCGCUGCCGAUUAAUAUAGUUGGUAAGAUUAUUUAUUUGGCAGAGGAAAUUGUAUAGCAUCAUAUCGUCUUCGUUAUUGAAAUUGCUUAUAGAUACAUAUAUUCUUAUAAGCAUAGGUUUUACCACCCAAAACUACCUAAACCGCUGCAGUUCCAAACAAAGGAAUGGAAUUGUGAUUCGUAGUCCUGAUUAUGAAAAGCAUUGGAAGAUGACCAACCUUGGAUUUCAUUGUUGUUUGUAUUAGUGAUGAUGUUAUUUUCUCUUCUUCAUCAACAUUAGACUUUACUGUACAAGAAAAGCUCGUCGACUCCAUAAUCAAUUAAAUUUCUCAUUCGGGUCACCUUCAUGC